CACUGUGAUGCAUCCUCCCUUUGUCGUCGUCGCCGUUGUCCUGACGCUGCCGCGAUCUGUCCGUCGUCGUCGUCGUCGUCGUCGUCCUGGUGUCGGUGUCCUGGCACGUCGGCGGACCCGGCACCGCCUCCGCAUGGCGCGGCCGCUCGUCGGAUCGGAACGGCGUCGUGCAACGGCGAACGCGGGGAACCAGCCGCCUCAGAAGAAGAGAGUUCGCCGAGAGGCGGCGAACGAGGUACGAGGUCGCCCUCCGAGAGCCGAGCGAACGAGCUCUCAACGGCGGCGACGUCGUCACUGCAUCGUCGUCGCGUCGCGCGGAGUUCACCCCCAAACACCGCUACCGUUACCGCCAUCGCCGCCGUCACCCCGUCGCCUCCUCGCCGCCGGCAGCAGCCGUCAUCCGCGCACGAUUCGGCCUCUCUGAUGGCCCCGUCGCCACGGCAACCGCAUCGAUCCCCAUCACACUGCGCUCGAACGUUCGAGCGCGUCGUAUCGGCGAACGUCAGUCACUCAAAAUCCCAAGAAACGGUAGGAACACACGACCUAGACCUUCGUCGACGACUCCCCGCAUCCUACGCGGCCGUCGUCGUCAAAGACACGGACGUCAAAGACACGUUUUCUGAUCCGCAGAUGCCUUCCGGCUUUUCACCGAAGAAGAUCCAGAGGAUCCAAAUAUGUGGUUUAUUUGAUUUUUCUCUACGUAUUUACACACGUAUACCCGCGUCUCGGGCUCUUAUUGACCUGGUAUCUUGCAAGACCGUUUAA